AUGUCUGCCCCGUCUGAACCCGUCGCCGACAGCACCGCGCGCGGCGCUGGAGCUGCCGUCGCCCUCCCCUCGCGCUCGAAGCGCGCCCAGGACGGCUCGGCGGCCCCCGUGUGGUCGCUCCAGGGUGCCGGCAGCACUACUGAGGUCCCUCUCGCGGCCAAGUGCGACCUGCACAACCGCGAGCGCACCGUCUGCUGCCGGGACCUCAAGGGCGACGACGAGCGGCACCUCAUCAACCCGGACAUCGUUCGAGACUGCAUCAUUGGUCUCGCCGAUGGCCUCACCGUCCCGUUCGCCCUCACCGCCGGCCUGUCGUCGCUCGGGUCGUCCCGCCUCGUCUACACGGCCGGCAUCGCCGAGCUCGUGUCCGGCGCGCUCAGCAUGGGCGUCGGCGGGUACCUGUCGGCACAAGCCGAACGUGACCACUACCGCUACCUGAGGAAGAACACGCGGGAGCGCGUUCUUCGUUCUUGCGCCGGCGAGAUGGAGCGCGAGGUCAACGCCAUCCUGUCGCCCCUCGGCGUCGACGCCGCCUUGUCGCGCCGCGUCGCCGGCGCCCUCCUGUCGGUCGAGGCGAGCCUUCCCCCUCCCGAAGCGCCCCCCUCGAUCGUCCGCCAGUGCCUCAACGUCGUCGCUCGUCGCCCGCGCUUCUCCAGCGGCGACUCGAGCGACCCGGAGCGGCGGCGUCUCCUGCCGACCUCGUCGGCAUCGAGCAAGGGCGAGGACGAGGACGAGGACGACAAGGGCUUGACGGCCUUCCUCCUCAAGUUCGGCGAGGGCCUCGAGGAGACGACCGACGCACGCCUCUUCAUCUCGGCGUUCACGAUCGGCAUCUCGUACCUGCUCGGCGGUCUCGUCCCGCUCCUGCCGUACUUCUUCAUCGACAUGGCUUUCGACGCGCUCAUGGUGUCGAUCGCCAUCACGAGCGUCGUCCUGCUCGUCUUUGGCAUCUUCAAGACGUACUUUACCGGUGCCGCGAUCGGUGUUUCGGGCUACACGUACGGCGCCAUCUCGACGCUCCUCGUCGGCGCGUUCGCCGCGGGCGCGUCCUUCCUCAUCGUCUCGGCGCUCGAGGGCGCCGGGUCCAAGUGAGCGCAACCUCGUCUCCCGCCUUUUCAUACCUCUCACCUCGCCCUCGCACACGCACCCUCAUUCGCUCUCUCUCGGUCUAGACGCGUCCCCUCUUUGUGUAGUUCUCUCUUGGCGCGCCUGUAGCAACACGAGUCGGUCGGCUCUCUCUCUCUC